ACUGAAUUUUUAAGGGCUGAGCAAAAACUAGUUUUCUUGGUCAUGCCUAUUGCAAUAAGUUGAUGAUGAUCUCCUAGGCAGGUCCUAGGUACUAGGCCUUCCAUGGGAGGAAAGACCAGCUCCCGAAGUUGAGGGCUCUACUUUUGUUAUCUGCUGCUGGGGAUAAGUACCCACCCUUCCCUUUGGCUCACUCAAGGAUAAAGGACAAUGUCACUGGUUUUUCUGGGCUAAAAUCCUUGGUUUGUUGGACUCUUCUCUGCAAAAAUCCAACAUAUAUAAGAGGCCCCAUAUCUUCUCUUUCUAUUCAGGCAUUCACACAAGAAAGCCAUUCUUUCCUCUUUCCUUUUUCUUCCUUUGAUACCUCAUUCCCUGUCCUUUCCCUUCCUUCCUUCAUCUUUCUGAGAUUAGAUAUUAACUGUUUGACUUACUUCAAAUGUAAUAUUUGAUGCCCAGAUAAAAAAAUUAAAAUGAGGGAAGAAGGACUUACCUAGCAUGAUAUUUGGAAUUUGUAAUAGGUAGCUUGCUUCACAACAUAACUUCAGAACUUUGUUUUUUCCUUACUAGGCUUACGCAUUAUUUUCACCCUCGAUGAGGUGGCCUUCAUACAGAAUCUUGUCUUUUACAUAGAAGCUGCAUAUAAAGUUGCUGAUUAUGGAAUGUGGGAGCGUGGAGAUAAGACUAACCAGGGCAUCCCAGAAUUGAAUGCAAGCUCUGUGGGAAUGGCCAAGGCAGCACUUGAGGCAAUUGAUGAACUAGAUCUUUUUGGAGCCCAUGGAGGACGCAAGUCAGUUAUUCAUGUCCUGCCUGAUGAAGUUGAGCACUGCCAGUCUAUUCUGUUCUCCAUGUUGCCAAGAGCAUCAACAUCUAAAGAGAUCGAUGCUGGACUUCUUUCCAUUAUUUCUUUCCCGGCCUUUGCAGUAGAAGAUGUAAACCUUGUGAAUGUGACCAAAAGUGAAAUUAUUUCCAAGCUACAAGGGCGUUAUGGAUGCUGUCGCUUCCUUCGAGAUGGUUAUAAAACCCCAAGAGAGGAUCCAAACCGAUUGCAUUAUGACCCUGCUGAACUCAAGCUCUUUGAAAACAUUGAAUGUGAGUGGCCUGUGUUCUGGACUUACUUUAUCAUAGAUGGAGUCUUUAUCGGUGAUGCUGUUCAGGUCCAAGAGUACCGAGAGGCCUUGGAGGGAAUAUUAAUCAGAAGCAAGGACGGGAUUCACUUGGUACCGGAACUCUAUGCCAUUCCGCCUGACAAGGUCGAUGAAGAGUACAAGAAUCCACACACGGUGGACAGAAUUCCUCUGGGGAAGCUUCCCCAUCUUUGGGGACAGUCCUUGUACAUCCUCAGCUCACUGUUGGCAGAGGGAUUCCUUGCCACUGGUGAAAUUGAUCCCUUAAAUAGAAGAUUUUCUACUUCAGUCAAACCUGAUGUUGUAGUACAAGUCACUGUUUUGGCAGAAAACAAUCACAUUAAGGAGCUCUUGAAGAAACAUGGGGUAAAUGUCCAGAGCAUCGCUGACAUCCAUCCAAUUCGAGUACAGCCAGGCCGGAUUCUUAGUCACAUAUAUGCCAAGCUUGGACGGAAUAAGAAUAUGAAAUUGAGUGGGCGACCAUAUAGGCACAUUGGUGUUCUUGGAACCUCUAAGCUCUAUGUGAUUAGGAACCAAAUCUUUACUUUUACACCCCAGUUCACUGACCAGCAUCACUUCUACCUGGCCCUGGACAACGAAAUGAUGGUGGAGAUGCUGAGGAUCGAGCUGGCCUACCUGUGCACCUGCUGGCGGAUGACGGGCAGACCCACGCUCACCUUCCCCAUCACACACACCAUGCUCACAAAUGAUGGCUCAGACAUUCAUUCUGCAGUUCUUUCUACAAUUAGAAAACUAGAGGAUGGAUAUUUCGGAGGCGCUAGAGUAAAACUAGGGAACCUAUCGGAAUUUCUUACUACCUCGUUCUACACGUAUCUGACCUUCCUGGAUCCAGACUGCAAUGAGAAGUUGUUUGAGGACACCAGUGAAGGGAGCUUUAGCCCUGAUAGUGAAUCAGAUCUGGGAGGAUAUUUGGAAGACACUGGUAAUCAAGAAAACCUAGAUGAACUUGACCAGUAUAUCAACCACCUUCUGCGAAGCACAUCUUUGAGGUGCUAUCUGCCACCACUUUGUAAGAAGACAGAAGAUGGCCAUGUUUUCAGUGCCAUAUACUCCACUCGGGACAUACUUUCUGUGAUGGCAAAAGCAAAGGGUUUGGAAACUCCAUUUGUUCCCAUGAUUUUGCCAACUAAGAGUCUCAGUGCCCACCGUAAAUCACUGAAUCUUGUUGACUCUCCUCAGCCACUCCUAAAAAAGGCUCCCAAAGAUGACUUCCAGUGGCCCAAAGAUGACCAUGGUGACAUGGACUGUGAGAAGCUGGUUGAGCAGUUGAAAGAUUGUUCAAACCUACAGGACCAAGCAGACAUUCUGUACAUCCUUUAUGUAAUAAAGGGUCCCAACUGGGACACCAAUCUCUCUGGACAGCAUGGGGUCACCGUUCACAGUCUUCUGAGUGAGCUUUAUGGAAAAGCCGGCAUGAACCAGGAGUGGGGUUUGAUUCGCUACAUCUCAGGCCUGCUCAGGAAGAAAGUGGAGGUCCUGGCUGAGGCAUGUGCAGACCUGUUGUCCCACCAGAAGCAGCUUACGGUGGGCUUACCACCCGAGCCCCGGGAGAAGACCAUCUCUGCACCACUACCCCCAGAAGAGCUCACAAAACUCAUCUAUGAGGCCAGCGGCCAGGACAUUAGCAUCGCCGUCCUCACACAGGAGAUUGUGGUUUACCUGGCCAUGUAUGUCCGGGCCCAGCCCAGCCUCUUUGUGGAGAUGCUCAGGCUCCGGAUUGGACUGAUUAUUCAGGUGAUGGCCACAGAGCUGGCAAGGAGUCUGAACUGCUCAGGAGAAGAAGCUUCAGAGAGUUUGAUGAACCUCAGCCCCUUUGACAUGAAGAAUCUCUUGCACCAUAUUUUGAGUGGAAAAGAGUUUGGUGUGGAAAGAAGUGUGCGCCCCAUCCAUUCAUCCACAUCCAGCCCUGCCAUCUCCAUCCAUGAGGUGGGACAUACUGGAGUCACCAAAACUGAGAGAAGUGGCAUUACCAGACUGAGAAGUGAGAUGAAACAGAUGACCAGGAGAGCUAGUGCUGAUGAACAGUUCUUUUCUGUGGGCCAGGCUGUGUCCCUCAGUGUGCACUCUUCCAAGUCUGCGGUAAACCUGCGUUGGCAUCGCAUCCCUCCCUUCCCCUGCCUCCUUGUCUGUGUUUGUACCAUCUGAAUCCUCUGUGGCCUCACCCAUGCUCCCACCUCACUCCUGACUUCUGUUUCAGUGUGUGAAUACGCACACUCGGGCAUGUGGUACUGGGAAUGGAAGCCAGGGCCUCGCACAUGCUAGGCAAACACUCUACCUCUGAGCUACAUCUCCAGCACCUGAGCUGUGGCUGGGAAGUAGGGCACUUUGCGCUAUCGGGAGUGAAGUCCCAGCUCAAGUGGAGGCCUAGGAAAUGUUCUAAUGUCUGAAUCUGUGUCCUGAAACCAGCAGGAGAAAAUCAGCUGAGUCAUUGAGGAGUGCAGCUGUAAUUACUUUUAUUUGUAGCCAAUUUCUGCCUUAUUUAAAUGGCAGUAAUGAACCCAAUGGAAUAACCCAGCCUAACUGCCUUUCUACAAGUAAGAUCUGUUGAAGUCAAAAUGAGUACAGAGAAAAGAAUCCCACUUUUUGCCCUGCUAGUGUUUAAUAGUUGGGUGUUAGUUUUAAACCUUCAACGUGAUGUUGCACGUUGAGAAAUGAAAGUGCCAAAUAGUCCAGAGAGAGGUGCCUGUGAGGAUUCAGGUUAUCCCUGUUAUUCCUGCCCUGACCUGGAGGCCUAGGGGCUAGAAUCCACCAGGGGCAAGACAGCAGGUGGGGAAGACAGGCCUGCUUUCCAGGCCCUGCUGGGAGCUCCUGGGCUGCCUGUAGAUCAAGAGAAGCAGUGCUUCUCUUGCGGAGGCCAGAGGAGGCCAGCCUCAGGGGAGGAGGUGGAAAGGAAAUCAUGCCCUUUUCCCCCAGGUCAGCAGAGCCUGUCCCAGUUGAGCCACCAUGGUCCAACCUUAGAAGGAAACCGAGGGCCAAGAACAUAAAGCAUGAUUGAAAAGCAUGGGUGGAAAUGCCAAAAUCUCUGAGGUUCCACACUAGCCAGGGAUUUCUAGCCUUGAGCAUUUCUCUCUGCCUUCUGGUCCUUUCCUCAUGAAUUAUGCGUGGCAAUCUCUGUGGCACUCACCCUAUGUGAAGGUGAUGGUCGCUUCUCUGUGGCAUUGCCAGAGUAAGUAAAGUCAGCCUGAGAGGCUCACUUGCUCCACGGCCAGCAUCUCUCUCAAAGCUCUCUUGUGGGCUGUUUCCCUGGAAGCGAGUAGGCUUCCCAUGGCAGGCCAGAGUUCUUCAGUGGGGAACAGCCCUCAGGGUGACAGCUACCCCCAUGAGCACUCAGCACAAGCCAGGCAUGCUCUUGGGUUUCUGGGUCCCCUUGGUAUGUACCAUGUCCUGGGGGCUGGGAGGAGUUAAGUGACAAACCAGAGUGGGAAAGAUUAAUUGAGCAUCAAGCUGCAGACAAAGUGGAAUCGAGGAGUCCUCCCUGGGUGAGUAGCAUCUGGUCGUGUUGAGGAGGUGAGUCAGCCUUCAUGGUAGCAAGCUUUCCCUGGUGACACCUGCUGGGUGGCCCUUGAGGCUUCUGCAGACCAUGUGGUGUCUGUCUUGCAGAGGUCCAGCACCCCAUCCUCACCCACGGGCACUUCAUCAUCAGAUUCUGG